AUGGCGGACACGGUGCAGAUCACGAUGGAGAAGAUGGUGCCGGAGCUCGAGGACCUGCAGGUGCGCAAGAUCUUCUCGGCAGAAGAGAUCCGGCAGAUCGUGGACAAGCGACGCGGCUUUGAGUACUCGCUGCGUCGCGUGCCGCUGCGCAAGAUCGACGCGAUGCGGUACAUUGAGUACGAACUGAAACUGGACGCACUGCGCGCGGCGCGCAAGAAACGCAUUGGGCUGGAAAAGGUCACUCUGGGGGACGUAGCAGGUGUCAAGCGAGUGCACAACAUCUUUGACCGCGUGCUGUUCAAGUACCGCGGCAGCGUCGAGCUCUGGCUGCAGUACGUGGCGUUUUGCAAGCGAGAAGGCAGCAGUCGCGUGCUGUCGUCUGUGUUUUCGAGAGCGCUGCAGUCGCACCCGCGCAGCGCGCAGCUCUGGAUCGAAGCAGCGUCGUAUGAAUUCAGUGUGAACCUCAACGUGGACUCGGCCCGCGUGCUCAUGCAACGUGCUAUUCGCCUGAAUAAGCACCACCAGAAGCUAUGGCUCGAGUAUUUUCGACUGGAGCUACUGUACGUGCAAAAGCUGGCGAUGCGUCGUCACGUGUUGCGUCUAGAGGACGCAGUAGAAAAGGUUGUGGACGAUGGAUCGACCGUGCUCAUUGACGAGCUGUUGGAAGAAAAGGAGGCAGAAGAGGGAACGGUUCUGGACGAGAUGGCUGCAACGGUUGAAGCCCGAAAGGCUGUACUUCAGGGAGCUAUCGCGAAGAUUGUCUACAAUAACGCGGUAGUGGCCAUUCCCGACGACGUGGCGUUCCGUCUCGAGUUUGUAAAGAUUCGGGACCUGUUUGGCGUGUACACUGCUGCAGAGCUAUCGGACUUUAUUCUGCGAGACUGCCUCAUAAAAUUCCCGAACAGCGAAAUCGUGCAUGCUGCAAAGGCACUCCGCCCGUUGUUGGCGGUCGAAGACAAAGCUGCUUCUCGUGUGAACGAGUCUGUGGAAGAAGAUAAUGCCGAUACAUCGAUGGAGGCUAAUGGCCAAGCUGAGCAGCUAGUUGUGCACAAUUUCGAAUCUAGCGUGACAGAGAUCGACACUGUCUCCAUCAAGGAAAUGUUUGCUGAGUGGAUGAUGACGCGUCUGGCUUCGUCCAGCCAGACAACGUUCCUGCUUGAGUACGCACGCGUCAAGCUCAGAGAAUUUGCUCUCACAAGGCCGAGCACUCCGUCUCUCGCGACGAAGUAUGUCGACUUGAUCCACCGCACGAGCGGGACGGAUGAUGCGCUCAUGGCUGUGCGUAACAUUUGCGACGAGUGGCUCCCACAAUCGUCGGAGAUGUGGCUGCUGCAGUCUCAGCUCGUGCUCCAUGCCGACCGUGAAGAAGCCGACACGGUCCAUGCACCCUCUGCCAAACGUUGCCGAACGUCGCAUGGAUGUAGCUCGAAGACUGCCGUCUCGACUACCAACCCGUUAGGCGCUGCUGUGUUGAUCUUGCAGACGGCAUUGACGCACAUUGCAACUGGAGACUAUGACGCGCAGUUUGCAAUUCGUAGCCGGCUCCUGCAAUUGCUUGUAAGCAUCGAGGAGACCCCAAGCGUCGUUGAGGAGGCAUUCAAGGAUGCCCUUGACGCCCAGAAACGUGGAUCAAUACACUGGAGCGCGUUGCGCCAGCAGUACGUGGCUUGGGCUGCCUGCCAACGGUCGCUGGACCACGUCCGCUCGUUAUACACAAAGUUCAUGGUGGAUGAGCAGCUGAUGCCGUGUCCGGAGACGUAUGCUUUCCUGUUGCUAUGCGUGGACAUUGAGACGUCAGACGUGUCGAUAAGCGUCGUGCGAGUGCGCAAGCUAUUCGAGAAGCUGGUGGACCUGUUUGGCUCGACGCAUGAAGAAGUGUGGGUGCUGUACGUGCGUUGCCUUGUGGAACGCCUGGGGCUAUUUACAGACGCGACGCGCAUUCAGCAGCGUGCGCUUCGCAUUUGGAAAGAGUCUCCAGCGCUCAUGCAGCUCGCGGCCACUGGUAUGUAA